CCGACGACAGCGCAGUUUGGGGGCUCCCUUCCCCCUUCCCCCACGCCAGACCUGGAGCUGGAAGGAGGAAGAGCGAGAGGCCGGCGGGCCGUGUGUGCGUUGCGCAGGGCUCCGGGGAAGCUGGCCGGCCGCUCUCACCUACAACGCAGGGGACUCUUCAGGCAGCAGGGCCGGAGCAGAAAGGCAGAAGGGAAGCAGCCCAGCGUGGGACUGAGCGGCGCGAGCAGGCUGCAACCCGGCGAAGAGACUGGCCGCCGCGGUGCCUUGGGGGAGCAGUUGCCGCCAAACGGCGCAGAGGCGCAACCGGGCAGGAGCGAGAGCGGAGGGCGAGAGAGCGAGGCAGUCGGCCGCCGCCGCCGCCGCAAUUCCCUGCUGCGGCGGCUUGCCUAGAGUUGGUUUGGGCUCUUGGAAUUGCGUCGCCUGCGGCAAGCUCGGAGUUGCUGGAGGUGGGUUGCCUUAGAAAAAUUGACAGCAUCAAUGAAUGGGUUGACUGUCUCUCUCAACUCCAGAUUAUUUGCAACAUAGCUAAGAAAGAUGCAGACAAUAACGGAAAAUGGAGAUCCUUCUUCUGGAAAACAAAAUGAGGAGAAAACGUAUAAAAAGACUGCAUCCUCGGCUAUUAAAGGUACCAUACAGCUGGGAAUAGGAUACACAGUGGGUAACCUCACCUCUAAACCAGACAGAGAUGUGCUUAUGCAAGACUUCUAUGUAGUAGAAAGUGUGUUUCUUCCCAGUGAAGGGAGCAACCUGACUCCUGCUCACCAUUAUCCAGACUUCAGAUUUAAGACCUAUGCUCCUCUAGCCUUCCGCUACUUCAGAGAACUUUUUGGUAUUAAACCUGAUGACUACUUGUAUUCAAUAUGCAGUGAACCUCUAAUAGAACUAUCCAACCCUGGUGCCAGUGGAUCCUUGUUCUUUGUCACUAGCGAUGAUGAGUUCAUAAUCAAAACAGUUCAACACAAAGAAGCGGAGUUCCUUCAGAAGUUGUUGCCUGGCUACUACAUGAAUCUCAACCAGAAUCCAAGGACACUCUUACCAAAAUUUUAUGGACUGUAUUGUGUUCAGUCGGGGGGUAUUAAUAUCAGGAUAGUUGUGAUGAACAAUGUUUUGCCACGAGCACUGAAAAUGCAUUUCAACUAUGACUUGAAAGGCUCCACGUACAAAAGGAGAGCAUCCAGGAAAGAACGAGAGAAGUCCAACCCCACCUUUAAAGACUUGGAUUUUCUGCAAGAUAUGCAGGAAGGAUUAUAUUUUGACUCAGAAACCUAUAGUGCACUGAUGAAAACACUACAGAGGGACUGUCGUGUGCUGGAAAGCUUUAAAAUCAUGGAUUAUAGUUUGCUGCUUGGAAUCCAUAUAUUGGACAGUGCUGCAAAAGAGAGAGAAGGCGAGAGUUCUCAAAAUACAUCUGAUUCUAAACGCCCAGGAGGACAAAGAGUUCUCUAUUCUACAGCUAUGGAAUCAAUACAGGGUCCAGGAAAAACUGGGGACUGUGUUAUCACAGAAAGUACCAAUACAAUGGGAGGCAUUCCAGCUAAAAGCCACAAAGGAGAAAAGCUGCUGCUAUUUAUGGGCAUUAUUGAUAUCCUGCAGUCGUACAGGUUAAUAAAGAAGUUGGAGCAUUCCUGGAAAGCACUUGUUUAUGAUGGGGACACGGUUUCAGUCCACAGGCCAAGUUUUUAUGCUGACAGGUUUUUAAAGUUUAUGAGUUCCAGAGUAUUCAAAAAGAAUCAGACUUUAAAGUCCUCACCCUCCAAGAAACGAUGCAAUUCCAUUGCUGCUCUAAAAGCUACAUCACAAGAAUUUAUGUCUCUGGUUAGCCAAGACUGGAAAGAUGAAAAACAUGACUUGCUCACAGAGGGUCAGAGCUACUGUAGCCUUGAUGAAGAAGUAUUAGCCUCCCGACAUCGGCCUGAUUUAGUCCCAAGCACAGCCUCCCUGUUUGAAGCAGCUUCUUUAGCAACCACAAUUUCUUCUUCUUCCCUGUAUGUAGAUGACAGUUAUCAGCAUGAUGGAACUAGGUUUUAUUCUAACAGUAAAGGAUUGCCUUCGAGUUCAACAUUCACCUUAGAAGACAGUGCUAUCUGCUUGACUUCAGAACAGAGCACAGUAGAGACAGAGAAUGAUAAUGCUUCUGUACUGGAUGUAUACUUAUAACAGCCGAUAAAAGGAAAAGAAAAAAGAUGAAUUUUAAAAAUGAGUAUAUUCAAUGAAAAGCACUUUCUACACUCCAAAUUUCUGAAGAAAAUUUUGCUGAGCCUGGUAAACAAAAGUCAUAAUCAACAGAAUCUCUGUGGAAGACAUCAAAGGAUUCUUGAACCAUAGAAAUAAUACCUUAAGUCUCAGCAGAUGAGACAUGAAACAUUCCACACUUUACUAUGACAUGCUGUUGCCUGCUGAACUGUGAAGAACUGCAUACACCAUACUUUAAGCUGCUUUCUCUACUAUUGCCAAUCAUCUCUUCAGGACUUGAAACUGAUAUUUUCCUAUUGACUCUCACGUGAUUUUUCAUUUGCAUGUAUUCAGUGAUUAUGCACAAACAAAAUAUCUAAUCAGCUUCGCCUAUUUAAAGAGCCAUCAUCACAGUGGUGAUUAUUAUGUAAAUCAAUUCUGCUUUUCCCCCUUUCCUCCAGAAUUAUAAUUGCUCACCUAUUAAUUUCAAACGAGGGUUAGUGUAAUAUGUCUGCACAUACUUUAUGGAAACUAUCUUCUAUAAAGAAAUUUUCACUGUUUAUUAGUGAAAUGAAGAAAGCUAUUUAUAACAAGGCCUUAUGUUGUGUACAUAUAUUGUCUUUGAAAUAUUUGUGAUUAGAUAUAUUGCUUGUAAAGGACAAAAUUACAUAAUUUAUUUAGUAUAUUCUACUGUAAACUAUAGUUUUA